UGUCAGAAUUCAUGCACGUGGUUUCAUUCGUGGGAAAUCAACGAAAAAUGUCCCUUUUUUGACUGAAUUCUUGUGUACAAACGCUUUGAUGUCGUUUUUUAACAAUCAGAGAAGUAUCCUAGACCCAAAUUGUUUGCACCAACAGACUGGGAAUGAUGUUAUUUGACCACUGAAAAUUGGGAAUCAGCCAAAGGAGUCGUGCAUAUUCCUAUACCUCCAUGUGUAUACUAUUCGACGUGUGGAACCCAACAGUGUCGAAUGUCCUCCGUGCACUCUCUACUUUCUCGGUAGCCCAUGCAUACAAUGUAGAGUAGAGCAUGCAAUGUACAUGUACAUGUACAUGUGCUUGCAAGAACGACACCCCAUGAAGAAGGACGGAUGUCUGAAAGCUCGGGUACAACAGAUCCGGGUGUGAAGGGCAUCACCUGAAACUCCCUUGACAACAAGAUGAGACAACUCAAGGAACAUGGUCAAGUUCUUCCUGGGUUCUAUGCCAUCAAGAAGAGAUUGAAGGAAGAUCUUGCAAGAAUGCUGGCUGAGAGACGAUGAGGAGUCAAGAAGAUGACGGCCUGUGAACAUCUCAAGUCAAGUCACCCAUACCCCAUCUUCCCAUGGAGCCUCGUUCUCAUUCACCAACCCACCACGCCCAGUCCAGUCGCCAUGGCAACUGAACAGCCUCAAGCUCCGCCUCCAACAGCCAUUGGUCAAAAUCCUCAGAAAUGAGCAAAGUCGGGAGCAACGCAAGACACCUGUCAGCUUUGUUGUUGUACCUGUCAGUGAUCUGGGUUACCCUGUUGGUUCACCAGGGAGUAGCAUCUGGGCUUAUGUGUACAGCAGGGAGCAGCGAUGAAUGGAUCCCAAGUAGCAACUUAGAGGACAUACCAGGUACAGCAGCUAACAGGAUGCCUAACUUCCCCCAUCAAGACACUGUCAAGAGAGGAUGGCUUCCAAAUGAACAAACACCUGUCAACCAGUUUGGUGAGCAACAUGAGCCAGUGUCUGGCAUGCAUCAUAACAUGGCCAUGGGUUAUGGGGGAGGGGUGACAGCUCAUGGAAUGACAGGAAUGGUCUGGAACCCUGUAGCCACCAUGCAACUUCGUGGCACCAAUCUUAAGGUGUUGGGACCAUGGAGCCAGUGGGUCAUGUGA